GCGCACGCCGCUCCCUUUUUUUUUCCCCCUCCCUCAAGGAAGGAACGGUCUCAGGCACGUCUGGGAGGGAAAGCCCACAGUCUGCAAAAGUUACGAGGAAUCCCACGAAAAACUACCGGUAAUGCCGUUCUCGAGAAAGAGGCCUUGUAGGAGCUUGCGAGACGCCUCAGCACGUCACAUCGUAGUCGCCCUCACCGCUUGGCUCCUCCUCUCCUUAGCGUUGCCCUCCUCGGCAGAUUCUGCCGGCUACGAUAUGAGCGAAGUGCGUCUGACGGCUACCGCAAGCAGCGCUUACCUCACCUACGCCAGCUCCGCCAAUGUCUGUUCCAGCCUCGGCGGCACGUUGAUUCCCGACGCCACCAACGCAAUGCACGCCGCCAUCAAAACGAUCAUGAUGGAGCACGUCGACACCGGACGCUUCUUCACCUACCUCGGCGGGUCAACGCGGUUGUCGGCGAACUGCCCAAAAAAUGUUGCAUCGACGAACUGCGUAUGGUAUUGGGACGUCGGCCGGUACGCGGGGAUCGAGAACGCGGUGCCCUUCUACGUCGGCAAUUUCCACGCCUACGUGCAGGGCUACGGUGGGCUGCAGGGGUCGAGGCCGCUUGACAUCGCGAUGAUGUACUGGCUGACGAACGACAAUCGUGACGCCAUCUACCCUGGUGAAGCGUACGGGCAGUACAUCAUGAUGAUGCGUUUGAGUACAGCUGGUUUUCCGAGCUGGAUCGACGCCUAUGAGACGAUGUACCCGUAUAGGAAUACGGUGCCGAUGCCGAGCGGUAGCUUUUUUGUGGGGUGCUUGAACGUUGUGGCGACCACCACCACCACCACCACCACCACCACCACCACCACCACCACCACCACCACCACGACCACCAGCACGACGACCACCACCACGACCACGACCACACCAAUCCCGGAUGUGCCAAGCACCUCAUCGACCAGCACCACGACACCUUCUACUAAGCCUUCCUCCAGUUCCGCGGCGUCUUCCACCGCGUCUUUGACCACGACCACCACGAUGCAACCACCUGAUCUUCCGACUGCAGCUCCAAACGAUUCGUUGUCGGAGCCGAAACAUGCGGGCGUCGGCAUGUGGGUCGGCAUCGGCGUCGCCAUCGUCAUUGUCGCUGUCAUCGGUGUGGUCCUUCUCGUAUGCUGUGCGCGCAAACACCGCUGGUGGUGCUUUGCCCCGGCCGCCACUCGAGCCGCUUCCAGCGUGCACCUCUCGCGCUCCUCGUCGCCGACGCCCAUCUCGGAUACGACGGGGGACACCAAAUCAACCCACUCCUCUUUCGACUCGGACGAGGACGAAGAUGUGUUGUACGAGUCGGAACGGUCCUUCAACACCAACGACUACCCACCGACGGAAAAGGCACGUGUGCGGACGGCCUACUUCGCCCCUGCACAGUCGAGGUCGCUCGCCACCUUCGUGGCCCCUGCGGAGGUCUCACCUUCGCCCGCUUCGCCGAACUUCGAAGCUUCUCUCAGCAACUCGUCUACCGCAUCGAGGGUGGCCGACGCGGUUACGCCGUCCGUCUCGCCGGCGCCGUUUGACGAAGCUUUCUUCCGGGAUGACUCCUUCAGCGGCUCUCUGUUCAGCUCGUCCGCGUCGGUGCGACGGAUGCGGCGCCAUCCGAAGGUGAGCUUUCUGGACUGA